AUGUUAUUAUUUAAUCUUAUAUUUUCAUCACUGGUUGCCUCACUUUAUUCAUUCAAUUAUCAGACUGUUGAACAUUGGAGAUAUUUAAGACAAGAACAGUCCAUAGAUCAUCCAUCGAAAGUACCAUCGUAUUUUGGUUAUUCAUUAGCUGUUCAUCGAUCGAGUUUAUUGAUCGGUGCACCUCGUGAUCAUUCUCCACAUGAUAUAAUAACUAGACGAGGUAGUGUUUGGAAAUGUGAAUUUCGAUCCGAUGAUCAUUGUCAACGUAUACCAUUUCGCCGUGAUGGUGAAGCUAAUGUUCGUAUUGGUACUUCAUUUGAUAAUAAAACAGAUCAAUGGUUAGGUGCUUCAUUAGCAGCUAACUAUGAUCAUAUUAUUGCUGGUGCACCCUUUCUUAAACAUCGUAUUAAUGAUGGACAUAGUAUUGAAUAUGAAAUACCAGGUGGAGCGCGUAUUGGUAAAUAUGGUACAUCAUUAUCGAUGAUUGAUAAUACACAAAUCUACUCCCCAUCAUUUCUUAAUUGGUAUUCUCGAAAUUACAAUCAAGAAGGCUAUGGUGAAUUUGGUUUUCAAGUUGCGUUAAGUAAAAGACCGGAACGUAUACUUAUAACUGCGCCAGGAUCAUUCUAUUUUCGAGGAGGAAUACAUUCAAUUCCCAUUCUUAAUUAUAACUGGAUUGAUACACGACAUCCAUUUACUGCACCACAUUAUCCCUGGCAUGAUGUUGGCUGGCUUCGGUAUCCAUCAAAUUAUUCAUCGAAUGAAUACGAUGAUUGGUGUUAUCGAGGUUAUGCUUUAGCUGUAGGAAAUUUUAAUGAUGAUGCUAACCAAGAAAUUGUUGUUAGUAUACCAAAAUUAGAUAAUUAUCGUGGAGCUGUUGAAAUAAUGAACAGUAAUCUUGAUGAAUAUUCAAUUCGAACAAUACAUGGUAUACAAAUGGGGGAAUAUUUUGGCGCAUCACUAUGCGUUAUUGACAUUGAUAAUGAUGGAUUUGAUGAUUUAUUAAUUGGUGCACCUUUAUACACAGUUAAGAAAGAUGGUCGAAUUUUAGCCGAUGCAGGUCGUGUAGAUAUAUUUUAUCAAACAUCUGAGCAUAAACUCAUUCGAAAACAAACAAUUGAGGGAACACGUGAUGGUGGACGUUUAGGACAUGCAUUAACAAAUUUAGGUGAUAUUGAUAAAGAUGGUUACAAUGAUGUAGCUAUUUCGAUACCAUUCACUAAUUCUGGUUCAUUGAGUAUGAUACAUAUAUAUCGUGGUUCAAAACAUGGCUUGAUUUUAAAACCAUCACAAAUUUUACAAGCAACCGAAUUAAAUGGAUUUGGUUGGGCACUACAAGGUCUAUUUGAUUAUGAUAAUAAUGGUUAUUUAGAUUUAGCCGUAAGCAGUGUACGAACGGAAACUGUAGCUAUUAUUCUUUCACGACCGGUAGUACGCAUUCAAACAAGAUUACAACAUAGUUCACCAACAAUACCAUUGAAUUGUACAUCAAAUGCUGAUGAUAAAUGUUUUAUAUUAACUGUAUGCAUUUAUUUCAAUGAUCAAAAUUAUCAACAUUCAAAGCGCGAUGCUUUAUCGUAUGAAUUACAACUUGAUAGUGAUAAAAAUCUGAUGGAUCAACGUUUGUUCUUUCGGGAAACAUAUCGAUCAAUAAAAAAAAGACAUUUUAAAGUAUCUGAUCGUAUUUGUCAUGAUUAUUCAUUGUAUAUGAAAGACGAUGUCACCGAUAAACUAAGUCCAAUUCGUCUUCAGAUUAAUUAUAUACUUUCAUCGAAACCAGAUCCAAAUAUAGUUUCACCAAUACUUGAUCCGGACAAUGUUAUAUUUGAUUAUAAGAUUUCGAUUAAAAAAGAUUGCGGCUAUGAUGAUAUUUGUAUACCAAAUCUUCAUUUGUCCACGUCAAAAUGGCCAGAUGAAUAUAAAGUUGGUUUAACUAAAAAAAUUGUGCUCACUAUCGAUGUCAUCAAUAGAGGUGAGAAUGCAUAUGAUACUCAAUGCUCAAUACAAUUACCAGUCGGUGUUGAAUAUGUCCGUUCAAAUUCAAGUUCAACAAUAAAUAUUUAUUGUAAUUCAAUGAAACAAUCUGACCGUAUAAUUGUUUGUUAUCUUGGAAAUCCUUUCUUAGCAAACGCAAAUAUAUCAUUACAAAUUCAUACAGCUGUUAACAAUUAUUCAGCAAUACAAGCAGAUUCAUUAAUAUUUGUAAUUAAUGUAACCAGCGAUAAUUCAGGUUCAAACAAACCAACAACAGAAAUCAAUAUACCCAUUGCAAGUUCACCAGAAUUAGUAUUAAUUGGUGUUGCUAAACCAGAACAAAUAUCAACGGACACGGCGGACAAUCAUGAAUUUAUACAUUCAUCUUAUAUGAGAAAACAUGAUCUUGAAAUCAUACAUACAUAUACAUUACAUAACAAAGGACCAAGCGAUGCUAAACGUACAGAAAUUAAACUAAUGUGGCCUAUGUUAUCAUUAUCAGGAUUUAAUGAACCAACACCCUUAUUACAUGGUGUAGAUCUACCAUCUAUUAUUCGAACAUCAGAUCCAAAAAAUAACGAUGAUCGAUGUCAUAUUUAUCAAUCGACUAGAAACCAUAGAUCUGAUAUAGAAAAUGAAAAUAUCUAUGGUUCAUCGAUUGAUAAAAUGCGUUCAAUAGUAUCCAAUAAUCUUGUUAUUCCUGAUGCAUCUUCUAUUAAUCAUUUUCGAGAAUCUAUUCAUUGCCUUGGUCCAUUAUGCAAAAGUUUUAUUUGUUCUAUUGAUACAUUACCAAUAGGUCAUAGUGUUUUAAUACAAUUAAAAGCUUAUUUACGACUGAAUCAUUUUCAAUCAAAAUUUGAUCGUUCAAAAUCAUUUUUUAUUAUUUCAAAUGCAAGUGCACAAGUUCGAGAAAUUCCAUUGAAAAUUUCUCGAAAUAAAACGUUUCAACAUCCAGUCAUCUAUUUAAAGGUAUAG